CAUAACGCUAAUCUCUGUGCGUAAUGCAAUCAGUGUUCGCUGAAUUCCAAACCUCUCCAUUCUCAUUUUCAGGUCCGCUGAUCUCUAACUGCGAACAAGAGAUCUCUCUCUGCGAAUUCCACUGCAGGUUGCAGCAACUCUCAAAAGUCAGCGGUUCUUUGCCGAUGAACAACCAGGUAACCCUUUCUUUCGGAAGAACUCCCAAUCGCCCCCUUCCUUGAGCAAUCCUUUCCUUCUGCGUUUUCUUUCCUCUGGUUAUCACUACCAGUCUCCGAACAAGAGUCCGCUACUCGCUAGAUCACGGCUUACUCUUUAUGCUUUUCCUCCAUUUCGAAUCGUUCUGUUCAUUUUAUGAAUUUUUUUUUCGACAAUUCCCUAGGCUGUUCAUUUGUGAAUUGGGAUUUCGGCAAUGUGUCUUCGAUUCAAUGAUCGAACCGUGAUUCAAUAGCUAUGAGUGUUCGCUGCUGAAGGGGUCCUUGAAAUUCCGGGACCGUGGCGUCAUUUCGUUUGAUGUCUAUGGCUAGCCCUUAGUUUUGAGAUUUUUAGACACUUGAUGCUUCUUAGGGUGGUGGUAAGAGAAAGUUCGUGGUGUUUUAGAUGGUUUCUUGCAGAUAUUUGGAUGAAAUUUAACGGUUGAGAUAUAAGUGAUGAAUGCAAAGUUUGAAUCUUGUACCUGUCUGGCCUUGUUCUGCUGCUGGGUUUUCGUUUCGAAACUAGCUUCUUCAAGGUCCUUCAUGAUCAAACUGAGGAAGAAAUGGCUGAAGGGUUUUUUGCUGAUGAUUGAGAUUGAUUUGGUAGCUAAGUUGCUAUGCUUAAUGAUAAGAAAUGUAUGUUGCUUUUCUUACUCAAAGUUGAAUUGAUUUAUUGGUGUGGCAUCCAUGAUGGAUAUCUUCACUCCCAGUCGGUUAAAUUCUGAAAUCCUUGGCUUCUCCAUGUAUAGUUUGAGCUAUUGAACUGAGCAGGCCAUGUGUUUUUGUUUCUUAAAACUCUCUCUCCCUUCCAGUUUUGGAGCUUAUAUUCUAUCAAGCAUGUUUUGCUGUCUGUUACUUCUCCUGAGUUUAAGUUUUGCAAGAAGUUGAUAGGAAUAUUUUUACUCGUUGAUUCAUUCCAGCUGGUGGUUGACAUGCAGAUAUUUCUUCUCAAUUCAACAUUGUAGCUGACAUACAAUGCCAAAUGAUGAAGUUCUGAAAACUGUUUUCCCUCUAUUGAAUGGCAUAGACCUUGCUUCUUGUAUGGCCGUAAGCAAACAAUGGAGAGAUAUUGCCCGGGAUGAUUAUUUCUGGAAAUGCCAGUGUGCAAAGAGAUGGCCAUCGAUUUGCAAAAGACCCAACCUUUCAACUACGUCCUACUACAGGCUAUAUCAGAGCUUCUACAAAAGGGCUCUGUUUUCGAGGAUGGAAUCAAACUCCCGCCCCAUAGAAUCUCCAGCGUCCUUAGAUAUCACCUGCAGGCUACAGAGUACAAGAUGAUGCUGGCGGUUGAGCCGACCUUCAAACUGCCAUUGAGUCAGCCUGUUAGUGUUUCAGUGCUCGUGGGGCGCAAGGACUCCAAUAAGGUUGCAUGCAUCAUUCACAAAGCUAUGUUUGAUUAUAUUGAUAGGUCUUCUUAUAGAGCAAUGGCAUUCGACGCCAUUGACAUUUCCCCCAUGUAUCGUUUCUUACCAAACAUCCGGGGAUGGAUCUCGCUGCUUUUCAUGGAAGGUGGAGAUGAGUGUGAAAUUGAUGUUUUUGGCAUUCAGAUGGAUUUCAAUGAUGUUGCCAACUCUAAGGACGAGGUAUUGUGGCUAUUGGACAUGCUUGAUUGGAAAUGAGCGGGACUGCAGAAACAAGAAUCCUUCCAACAUGUGGCAUGUUCGUACUCUGGAUCUUAAUUCUGAUUUCACCAAUGUGUCGGUAGUGUACAUUGGAGAUUUAGUCAUGACUGUGGAAUCAUCUGCAUAGAUUUAUUUGCAGGUCAUAUGAUUGUAAAUACCCUGUCUAUUUGAUUACACGCAUUUUAGGGGUAUCUUAGGAAUUAGGAUUAGCCAGCAACCAUUGUGCAGAACUGAAUAAAGAAGAAGCUAAAAUGAUUUGGAAGAUCUGUACUCUUAUUCUGGUUUUCUUAUAUACUCCUUGAAGGAAGUUGAAGUGGAGUUCUUUUCUUUUCUGCCCUGUUCUAUUAUUCCCAAGCAUUUGUGUUGUGUAUAUUUGCCGUCUGUCCGAAUACCUUCAACCAGCUAUCAUCAUUGUAUUCGGCAUUCGCUAUCAUCAUUGAGAGUCAAAUUUACCACACAGAUGACAGAAGUAUGAAAUGACACAUAAAACUCGAUUCUUUCAUUUCCAUCAAGUUGCUCAUCAGCAGUUCAAGUUUCUUCAGAAUUUCUCCAAUACUCGUUACGUUAAUUCCAGUAAAGGCGGAGUUAGAUUUCUAAUGUGACUCGAGUACUGGCUGUGGCAGAUUAGAGUUUAGUUUAUGAAAACAGUAAAAUGGAAAACAAUGG